ACGACCACUAAUAAAUUUACUUACUCCGGACCAUCUGGGUGGGAUAAGCUGUUUCGAUAUCAUCGAGGAACAUUUCUCUCCCUCUCCCUCUGAUAUCGAAGAACAGUUCUCUCUCUCUCUCUCUCUCUCUCUCUCUCUCACACACACACACACACAUAGGCACAGGAUGCCUGCUCUGUCGAGUUCAAUCGUCUCAGUCAGAAUCCCACGAACCGACUCACUGUCGGGUUCUUCAUUAAUGCGAGUGAACCAAUCUCUUGGCAGCGGAAAAUUGUUUGUCAGUCCAACUGGCCUGGGAAAGGCAAAACCAUUGAAGUACAGGAAGGCACUUACGGUGCAAGCAAGUAGGGAUGAUGGAGGACCAAGUAGUGCAAGUAUCUUUGUUGGUGGCUUUGUAUUGGGAGGAGUUCUUGUUGGAGCACUGGGUUGUAUAUAUGCACCUCAGAUCAGUAAGGUGCUAGUUGGAGAGCAAAGAAAACAGCUGAUGAGAAAGCUGCCAAAAUUCAUCUAUGAUGAAGAGAAAGCCUUGGAGAAGACCCGCAAAAUACUGACUGCAAAGAUUGAGCAGCUUAACUCUGCCAUAGAUGAAGUUGCCUCACAGAUUCAUGGCGAUAAUACCCCAAAAUCAACGAAAUCAAAGAGAGCCCCAGUAAGAAUUAAACCAGAAGAAGAAGUCGAGGAUACCACUGACUAUUAUAUUGUGUGAAGUUUCGAGGAACUCAAAAGUUGGUCUCUGUUUACUGUAUUGUGGAUGGGAAUGUAUGAAACCAAUCUUCAUUGUGAAGGUAUCCUUAUGCAGAUCAAGUUUCUGGGAUGAUGCCUCUUUAUUCGCAUUUUCUUAUAGAUUUGCCUGAAUAAUUUUUUACACAAACCAUAUGCUUUGAAGCCUUGAACAAUUGUGGUUUUUGUAGUCAUGAGUGGUUUGUUUUCUUGUAAGCUGUUACGAGUGUUCUCUCUGGGUUAUUCAUAGUUGAAGGAUGAUGAAAUUUCAGGCUGUCGAUUUUUAGGAAUGAGAUUGGUGUUCUUUUUCACA